UCAUGUAGACUCUCAUGAUUUUCCAAAAAUAGACAAACUUUUCACACCAUAUGGAAGAGAAAAUCAGUGGAACAAUACUCUCCAGUCCCCUAUAUGGCCACAUUGGCUAAUUGUGGCCUUUGGGCACUAUAUGGGAUGCCUAUGGUACACCCUCACAGCACCCUAGUUGUGACCAUCAACGGGUUAGGGUUUUUCAUCGAGAUCACAUUCUUGACUCUAUUUUUUAUAUUUUCCGAUUUGAAAAAACGGUUGAGAGUGGUCAUAAUCAUGGUGGCCAUUUGCGUUUGCCUAGCGGUUUUGGCCUUACUUGUCCUAAUUUUGGCCGGAACCACUCAACUCCGAUCGACAGUUGUUGGUAGCAUAGCAAUGGCAGCCAAUAUUUUGAUGUAUGCUUCGCCCUUAUCAGUUAUGAAAUUGGUGAUCACCACAAGAAGUGUGGAGUAUAUGCCAUUUUUGCUUUCCCUUUUCACACUCCUCAAUGCAAUUUGCUGGCUUUCUUAUGCUCUUAUCCAAUUCGAUCUCUUCCUCAUGAUCCCUAAUGGAAUGGGAACAUUUUUCGGCCUGGCCCAAUUAAUACUAUAUGCUGUAUUCUACAAAUCGAGCAAGCAAAUCAUUGCCUCAAAAAGGGCCCAAACACAAGUGGGCUUAACAGAAAUCAGGCCAGAUAGCAAUAGCUGAAGCGGCGUGUUAUGUCCAGCCCUCUCUCAAUCAUGUAUCAGGCCCAUUAAGAUAUGUGGCCCAUUUAAAUUACAAUUAACUCCAGGAACCGUCAUAAUUUUCUCAACUCAUAUCUUCACAUGCAUAUGAGCAUAUAUAAUAUCCUGUUACAUGUAUCAAUAUCAUUUUUCACAGAUUAAAAUGUUAAUUAGAAUUACUAGUGUUUUUCAAUAUUUUGACACUAUAUGUAAUAACACAUGAUAU